ACCACAGCAGCUACAACUACAACCACAGCAGCUACAACCACAACCACAGCAGCUACAACCACAACCACAGCGGCUCCAACAACGACAGCUGCUCCAACCACAACCACAGCGGCUCCAACCACUACCACAGCAGCAACAACUACAACCACAGCUGCUCCAACCACAACCACAGCUACAGCAACCACAACCACAGCGGCUACAACCACAACAACAGCGGCUCCAACCACAACCACAGCUGCACUAACCACAACUACAGCGGCUCCAACCACAACAACAGCUGCACUAACCACAACUACAGCGGCUCCAACCACAACAACAGCUGCACUAACCACAACUACAGCGGCUCCAACCACAACAACAGCGACACCAACCACAACCACAGUUGCUCCAACCACAACCACAGCUGCUCCAACCACAACAACAGCAGCUCCAACCACAACCACAGCUACACCAACCACAACCACUGCUACACCAACUACAACCACAGCUGCUCCAACCACAACAACAGCAGCUCCAACCACAACCACAGUCACACCAACUACAACCACAGCUGCUCCAACCACAACCACAGCGGCUCCAACCACAACAACAGCUGCUCCAACCACAUCCACAGCGGCUCCAACCACAACCACAGCAGCUACAACUACAACCACAGCAGCUACAACCACAACCACAGCAGCUACAACCACAACGACAGCUGCUCCAACCACAACCACAGCUGCUCCAACCACAACCACAGCGGCUCCAACCACUACCACAGCAGCAACAACUACAACCACAGUGGCUCCAACAACAACCACAGCGGCUCCAACCACAACCACAGCAGCUACAACCACAACCACAGUAGCUACAACCACAACCACAGCUACUCCAACUACAACUAUAGCUGCUCCAACCACAACCACAGCUACACCAACCACAACCACAGUGGCUACAACCACAACAGCUACACCAACCACAACUAUUGCUACACCAACUACAACCACAGCUGCUCCAACCACAACAACAGCAGCUCCAACCACAACCACAGUCACACCAACUACAACCACAGCUGCUCCAACCACAACCACAGCGGCUCCAACAACGACAGCUGCUCCAACCACAACCACAGCGGCUCCAACCACUACCACAGCAGCAACAACUACAACCACAGUGGCUCCAACAACAACCACAGCGGCUCCAACCACAACCACAGCAGCUACAACCACAACCACAGCUGCUCCAACUACAACAACAGAGGCUCCAACUACAACUACAGCUGCUCCAACCACAACCACAGCGGCUCCAACAACAACCACAGCAGCCACAACCACAACCACAGCUGCUACAACAACAACCACAGCUGCUCCAACCACAACCACAGUAGCUACAAUCACAACCACAGCUGCUCCAACCACAACCAUUGCAGCUACAACCACAACCACUGUAGCUACAACCACAACCACAGCGGGUCCAACAACAACCACAGCUGCUCCAAUAACAACCACAGCCUCUCCAACCACAACCACAGCUGCUCCAACUACAGCAACAGAGGCUCCAACCACAGCAGCUACAACUACAACCACAGCUGCUCCAACCACAACCACAGCGGCUCCAACCACAAUGACUCCAACCACUACCACAGCAGCAACAACUACAACCACAGUGGCUCCAACAACAACCACAGCGGCUCCAACCACAACCACAGCAGCUACAACUACAACCACAGCAGCUACAGCCACAACGACAGCUGCUCCAACCACAACCACAGCUGCUCCAACUACAACCACAGCUACUCCAACCACAACCACAGCUGCUCCAACCACAACACCAGCUGCUCCAACCACAACAACAGCUGCUCCAACCACAACCACAGCAGCUCCAACCACAACAACAGCUGCUCCAACCACAACCACAGCUACAGCAACCACAACCACAGCAGCUCCAACCACAACAACAGCUGCUCCAACCACAACCACAGCAACUCCAACCACAUCCACAACUUCUCCGACCACAACAGAGUCAACAACUGCUCCAACCACAACAACAGCAGCUCCAACCACAACAACAGCUGCUCCAACCACAUCCACAGCGGCUCCAACCACAACCACAGCAGCUACAACUACAACCACAGCAGCUACAACCACAACCACAGCUACUCCAACUACAACUAUAGCUGCUCCAACCACAACCACAGCUGCUCCAACCACAACAACAGCAGCUCCAACCACAACCACAGCUACACCAACCACAACCACUGCUACACCAACUACAACCACAGCUGCUCCAACCACAACAACAGCAGCCCCAACCACAACCACAGUCACACCAACUACAACCACAGCUGCUCCAACCACAACCACAGCGGCUCCAACCACAACAACAGCUGCUCCAACCACAUCCACAGCGGCUCCAACCACAACCACAGCAGCUACAACUACAACCACAGCAGCUACAACCACAACCACAGCAGCUACAACCACAACGACAGCUGCUCCAACCACAACCACAGCUGCUCCAACCACAACCACAGCGGCUCCAACCACUACCACAGCAGCAACAACUACAACCACAGUGGCUCCAACAACAACCACAGCGGCUCCAACCACAACCACAGCAGCUACAACCACAACCACAGUAGCUACAACCACAACCACAGCUACUCCAACUACAACUAUAGCUGCUCCAACCACAACCUCUCCAACCACAACCACAGCUGCUCCAACUACAGCAACAGAGGCUCCAACCACAGCAGCUACAACUACAACCACAGCUGCUCCAACCACAACCACAGCGGCUCCAACCACAAUGACUCCAACCACUACCACAGCAGCAACAACUACAACCACAGUGGCUCCAACAACAACCACAGCGGCUCCAACCACAACCACAGCAGCUACAACUACAACCACAGCAGCUACAGCCACAACGACAGCUGCUCCAACCACAACCACAGCUGCUCCAACUACAACCACAGCUACUCCAACCACAACCACAGCGGCUCCAACCACAACGGCUCCAACCACUACCACAGCAGCAACAACUACAACCACAGUGGCUCCAACAACAACCACAGCGGCUCCAACAACAACCACAGCGACUCCAACCACAACCACAGCAGCUACAACCACAACCACAGUAGGUACAACCACAACCACAGCUGCUCCAACUACAACAACAGAGGCUCCAACUACAACUACAGCUGCUCCAACCACAACUACAGCUGCUCCAACCACAACCACAGCGGCUCCAACCACAACCACAGCAGCCACAACCACAAACACAGCAGCUACAACCACAACCACAGCAGCUACAACCACAACCACUGCGUCUCCAAUCACAACCACAGCGGCUCCAACCACAACCACAGCUGCUCCAACAACAACCACAGCUGCUCCAACAACAACCACAGUAGCUACAACCACCACAACCACAGCUGCUUCAACCACAACCACAGCAGCUACAACCACAACCACAGUAGCUACAACCACAACCACAGCGGCUCCAACAACAACCACAGCUGCUCCAACUACAACAACAGAGGCUCCAACCACAACCACAGCAGCUACAACUACAACCACAGCUGCUCCAACCACAACCACAGCGGCUCCAACCACAAUGGCUCCAAACACUACCACAGCAGCAACAACUACAACCACAGUGGCUCCAACAACAACCACAGCGGCUCCAACCACAACCACAGCAGCUACAACUACAACCACAGCAGCUACAACCACAACGACAGCUGCUCCAACCACAACCACAGCUGCUCCAACUACAACCACAGCUGCUCCAACCACAACGACAGCGGCUCCAACCACAACGGCUCCAACCACUACCACAGCAGCAACAACUACAACCACAGUGGCUCCAACCACAACCACAGCAGCUACAACCACAACCACAGCGUCUCCAACAACAACGACAGCUGCUCCAACUACAACCGCAGUGGCUCCAACAACAACCACAACCACAGCUGCUCCAACCACAACCACAGCACCUACUACCACAACCACAGCUGCUCCAACAACAACCACAGCUUCUAAAACUACAACCACAUCGGCUACAACCACAACCACAGCUGCUCCAACCACAUCCACAGCGGCUCCAACUACAACUACAGCAGCUACAACUACAACAACAGCAGCUACAACCACAACCACAGCAGCUACAACUACAACCACAGCGGCUCCAACAACAACCACAGCUGCUCCAACCACAACCACAGCAGCUCCAACUACAACCACAGCGACUCCACCCACAACCACAGCUGCUCCAACCACAACCACAGCAGCUACAACCACAACCACAGCGGCUCCAACCACAACCACAGCUGCUCCAACCACAACCACAGCAGCUACAACCACAACCACAGCGGCUCCAACCACAACUGCUCCAAUCACCACCACGUCGGCUCUGACCACAACCACAGCGACCACAGCGGCUCCAACCACAACGGCUCCAACCACAACCACAGGAGCCACAACAAAAACCACAGCAGCUACAACCACAACCACUGCGGCUCCAAUCUCAACCACAGCGACUCCACCCACAACCACAGCUGCUCCAACCACAACCACAGCAGCUACAACCACAACCACAGCGGCUCCAACCACAACCACAGCUGCUCCAACCACAACCACAGCAGCUACAACCACAACCACAGCUGCUCCAACUACAACAACAGAGGCUCCAACUACAACUACAGCUGCUCCAACCACAACCAAAGCGGUUCCAACAACAACCACAGCAGCCAAAACAACAACCACAGCAGCUACAACCACAACCACUGCGGCUCCAACCACAACCACAGUAGCUACAACUACAACCACAGCUGCUCCAACCACAACCACAGUUGCUACAACCACAACCACAGCGGCUCCAACAACAACCACAACCACAGAAGCAACAACUACAACCACAUCUGCUCCAACCACAACCACAGCUCCUCCAACCACAACCACAGAAGCUCCAACCACAAGCACAGCUGCUCCAACCACAACCACAGCAGCUCCGACCACAACAACAGCUGCUCCGACCACAACCACAGCUGCACCAAUUACAUCCACAGCGGCUCCAACUACAACCACAGCAGCUCCAACCACAACCACAGAAGCCUCAACUACAACAACAGCGGCUCCAACCACAACAACAGCUACUCCAACCAUGACCACAGCUGCUCCAACCACAACCACAGCGGCUCCAACUACAACCACAACGGCUCCAACCACAACAUCAUCUGCUCCAACAACAACCACAUCUGCUCCAACUACAACCACAGAAGCUCCUACCACAACAACAAUAGCUACAACUACAACAACAGCUGCUCCAACUACAACCACAGCGGCUCCAACCACAACCACAGCUGCUCCAACCACAACCACAGCUGCUCCAACCACAACUACAGCAGCUCCAACCACAACAGCUGCUCCAACCACAACUAUAGCAGCUCCAGCAUUAAUAAGGCUGCUGACUUUCAAGUCUGAUGAAGUAUUCACCCCAGAUUUGGGAGACCCAUCAUCAUCAGGAUUCCAAACACGCUCUGGACAUAUAAUGAAUCGACUUGACCCACUUUUCAGAAGAUCUUUCCCCUCAUUCCAAAAGACUGGAGCCAUGAGAUUCAGGGCUGGAUCAAUUAUCAACUCUGUGGAUCUUGAAUUUCAGUCAUCAUCUUCUCCUAAUGAUACACUAAUUAAAGACAUUUUGGUUAAUGAGGCUUCAAACAUCACGGAAUUCAAUGUAUUAGCAGACACGGUUGCUCUUAGUGACCCAGCACCUGCAACCACAACAACAAUGGUUCCAACCACAACCACAGCGGCUCCAACCACAACAACAGCGGCUCCAACCACAACCACAGCUGCUCCAACCACAACAACAGCGGCUCCAACCACAACAACAGCGGCUCCAACCACAACAACAGCCGCUCCCACCACAACAACAGCCGCUCCAACCACAACCACAGCGGCUCCAACCACAACCACAGAGGCUCCAACCACAACCACAGCGGCACCAACCACAACCACAGCGGCUCCAACCACAACCACAGCGGCUCCAACCACAACCACAGAGGCUCCA